GAUAAAAUGGCGGAAAAAAUAAAGACGUCUAGUCAUGUUAAGCAUGUUCCUAAAGAUGCACAGGUUAUAAUGUCAAUAAUCAAAGACAUGGGGAUUGAACAGUAUGAACCAAAAGUUAUUAAUCAAUUAUUGGAAUUUACCUAUCGUUACAUCACUUGUACCCUUGAUGACAGCAGGAUUUACGCGAGCCACGCAAAGAAGAAGUUCAUUGAUCUAGAUGAUGUAAGAUUGGCUGUAAAAAUGCAGCUGGAGAAGACAUUUACCAACCCACCUCCAAGAGACGUCUUGCUGGAAGUUGCCAGAGCUAAGAAUAAUAUCGCUUUACCGUUUGUUAAACCUAAUAACGGGCUAAGGUUGCCGCCAGAUCGUUAUUGCUUGAUUGCGGCUAACUAUAAAUUGAAGCCUAUGAUUAAAAAACCCAUUGGUAAACCAAUUCACACGAUAGUUGGCAAUAAUUUGCUCAGUGGUCAGUCCCGGGUGAGGGUUGAUGCCAAUAAAUCGGGACUGUCGGUUGUCAAGAGGCCGGGAACACUUUCUACGAUAUCCAGAACCCAGACUAUAUCAGUUCCAAAGCCUGUUUUCAAAUUUUCAACACCUGGUACAAGUUUACCAAGUGGACAAAGUUCAACAGUAAAACCCAAAAUCCAAAACGCUACCAGCCAACCUCUGUCUUCCUCUUCAAUGGACAUUGAUGAGAGUUUAAAAAGAAAACGAGAAGAUGAUGAGCACGAAAUUCAAUAAAUUUAUUCUUAAGGUAAAACAUGAUCUUAUUAAAUUAAUAAUUUUGAAUUUUUAUGCUAAAUUAUUUUGUUAAUAAGUUAAAUUUUGACUGUUGAAAUAAAUUAUUCAAUUAAUAUAGACAUUGUUCUAUGCAUAUGUAAAUUAUUGAGUGGUCUAGCAAUUAGAGCUACUAAUUAUUUAAAAAGUAGAUGUAUAAUUAAUAAAAUCUUUUAGUUAUAAUUAAGUAAAUAAUGUAAAAAAUGUACAUCAUAAACAGGAUUGUUUAGUUACAUUUCUUUAAGUAUUCUUUG